AUGUCGCACCUCUUGUUCAACAAGACUCACCGUGAAAAGAGAACCCUAUCUGCACUCACUCCCGACUGCAGCGAUCAAGUCGAACUCUGGGUGCCCACAGCUAAUUUGUUUGCAUCCAUAGUCCCCGGGGUGGGUACUGCUCAUGCACUCCGUACUAUCAGCAAACUCGCUUGCUGGAUGGUGAAACAAUCCAACGUGACGACUCAGGUCCUUAGUGAAUUGGCACAGGAUAUGGAGAACCUGCAACAUCAGGUCCUCCAGAAUAGAACUGCCAUUGAUUUUUUGCUAUUGGCACACGGCCAUGGUUGUACGGAGUUCGAAGUUUCCUACCUUCGCAAGCUGUUUUUGCGCUUACUUGCUAAAGUACAGAUUAACUAUGCCCUACUACAAGAAAGCGGGGGACGUGUGGAAGGUAUUUUGGGAAGUCGGCUACGUGACGAGAGACAUGAAGACACGGCUGCAAGAACUGCUUGGAUCCGUCUGUAUUUGUCCUGUGUUACAGAAGAGCUGUAUGUCUCUGAACGAGAGGGCAGUGAUUCCGCUGGUGAUGGGACACAAAAGAAACCAUUCAAAACUGUUUUAAAGGCUUUAAUGACAGCAGGAAAGGAACCGUUUCCUACUAUUUAUGUGGAUUCGCAAAAAGAAAAUGAGAGAUGGAGCAUUAUUUCAAAGUCACAGAUGAAGAACACCAAAAAACUGUGGCAGAAGGAACAAAUGAAGAAUGAAGCUAAGGAGAAGAAAGAGGUAGAAGAUCUCUUGAGAAGGGAGAAGAACCUAGAGGAAGCUAAGAAAGUUAUUAUCAAGAAUGAUCCUAGUCUUCCAGAGCCAAAAUGUGUAAAGAUUGGUGCUCUGGAGGCUUACAGAGGCCAAAGAGUGAAGAUUUUUGGUUGGAUUCACAGAUUACGUAGGCAAGGAAAAAAUUUGAUGUUUGUUGUUUUGAGAGACGGCACAGGAUUUCUACAGUGUGUCCUUUCAGAUGAACUGUGUCAGUGUUACAAUGGGCUACUUCUCUCUACAGAGAGCAGUGUUGCAGUGUAUGGGAUGCUGAACCUUGUUCCUGAAGGCAAGCAGGCUCCAGGAGGCCAUGAGCUGAACUGUGACUACUGGGAGCUUAUCGGUCUAGCCCCAGCAGGAGGAGCUGACAAUCUGCUCAAUGAGGAUUCGGAGGUUGAUGUGCAGCUUAACAACAGGCAUAUGAUGAUUCGAGGCGAGAAUAUGUCCAAAAUCUUCAAGGUGCGCUCCAUGGUAGUACAAGCCUUCAGGGAUCACUUCUUUGCCAAUGGAUAUUAUGAAGUGACACCACCAACGUUAGUCCAAACACAGGUUGAAGGAGGCUCAACCCUAUUCAAGCUGGAUUAUUUUGGUGAAGAGGCAUUCUUGACGCAAUCAUCCCAGCUCUACCUGGAGACCUGCCUUCCAGCAUUAGGAGAUGUUUUUUGUAUUGCUCAGUCAUACAGAGCUGAGCAAUCCAGGACACGCAGACACUUGGCAGAAUACACUCACAUUGAAGCUGAAUGUCCUUUUAUAAGUUUUGAGGACCUGCUGGACCGUCUGGAGAACUUGGUUUGUGAUGUAGUGGACAGAGUUCUGAAAUCACCUGCAGCAAGCUUACUGUUUGACAUAAACCCGGGCUUCCAGCCCCCUAAACGUCCUUUCCGACGAAUGAACUAUACUGAUGCCAUCGCAUGGUUAAAGGAACAUGAUGUGAAGAAGGACGAUGGCACUUACUAUGAGUUUGGAGAGGAUAUUCCUGAAGCUCCUGAGAGAUUAAUGACGGACACCAUUAAUGAGCCAAUCCUGUUGUGUCGAUUUCCUGCAGAGAUAAAGUCCUUUUAUAUGCUGCGUUGUUCUGAGGAUUCCCGGCUUACGGAAUCUGUUGAUGUGUUGAUGCCUAACGUUGGUGAGAUUGUUGGAGGCUCUAUGCGUAUCUGGGACAGUGAUGAGCUAAUAGAAGGCUAUAAGAGAGAGGGCAUCGAUCCCACACCGUACUACUGGUACACUGAUCAGAGGAAAUAUGGCACCUGUCCUCAUGGUGGAUAUGGUUUGGGGUUAGAACGAUUCCUGACCUGGAUUCUGAACAGGCACCAUAUCAGAGAUGUCUGUCUCUAUCCACGCUUUGUCCAGCGCUGCAAACCGUAGCCAUCCUUGUGAUGAAAUGCUAGAAAAUCAAGCAACUGAUGACUGGAAAGGAACGAUUCACACCACCAUGCUAUGGCCUGCCUGAGAACAAGACUUACUGCAGCUUGUUGUUAAUGCAAUCACUAAUUUAGUUGAAAAGGGAGGGAACCCUUUUUAAAGGAAAAUGCUAUUAAUUAACUGCAAGAACACUUUACAAAAUUUUUUUGGUGUAUAUAUACUCUCAAGUCACCAUAAAACAAAGAUCCUAAGCUAGCAUUUAAAAAGCAGCAGAAACAUUUCUCCCUUUAAUUUCUGUGGUUUAAGACUAAAAUACUUGGGGCGUGUAAUUUUUCUUUUUUGACCUCUGUUCUCUCUUUUGUGGUUUCUUGUUGGAGAAAUCAGAAGGUCAAGCUCUCUAAAUUCCCAAAUAUUGACUUUUGAGAAUGUUAUGAAGAUGUUAUCAUCUAAAUAGCUCAAUGAAGUAUCAAUUAAGAAUAAAUAUAUUAAGCGCUGCACUUUUUAGCUCCUGCUGCUUUUAAAGAAAGUUUUAUUUGAAUUUAUUCAGUAGCAAGGUAUGUUGUAUUGAAUGCAAAAUUCCACUGCAAGAAAGGUACUUUUUUUCUAAUUAUUGUCAGAAAUUGAGACUGAUUGUGAGGCACACUGUUAGUUGUCCCUGGUUCUUGCAGACAGAGCACAAUAGUGGGACCAUGCACACCUAACGUGCUGAAUCACCGUUCUAGUUACUGUUCUGUUAGACACCUGGAUGUUUGCGUUGCCUUUAAAACUAAGGUUCUUCCCACUGUUUCAAACAAGAAAUGACGGAUUGAUGACUUGGAGAAAUUGGUAACUGUGAAAUAGAAUUGGUUUCUAGCAUUGUAUGCUGACUGAAUUACUGUCCUCUCUAGAUGAAUUGUAGUUUAAGCAGUGCUUUCCCAUUUCAUGCUGAAGAACGCUUUAGUAGAGCAGUCCCAUGUUUCCCAGCUGGCCCAUUGUACUCUUCUGCUGCUGCUUCUUAGCAAAUUCUCUGCUGUAAUCAGGUUAUCAAAUAGAAUUAAUUAAAUAUUUAACCUGUUGAGUCACUGAAUGCUUUUUAGCCAUAAAUAAACUAAGUCCUUUUACUACAGUGGGGGGAAAAAAAAUGAGUAGGUGUAUCAUUUGCUGCUUGAACCGAAAUUUUUGUCUGGAUUUGCCAUUCAUAAAAUUGCUCUUGAGCUGUC